UAAGAAGCAUGAAUCUCGAUCAGAGUGAUAAGCCUCGGUUUGAGGCAUCCUAGAAGCUGCAGUCACGACCUUUCAGACAGUCCAUCGAAUGUAUUGAUAUUGAAACGUUGAGUUUUCAGUAAGGAACGGCCAACGUGACUUAUAUCUCUUGCUGACAUCACCCUGAGACACAGCAUCAUCAUCUGCAAACGGCACUAUUCACAAUGUUCAUCAAGACAGUCAUUAUCUUAUUGGCCUCCUUAUCGCAUGCAAAAGAAAUUCUGCAGAGACGCCACGAUGGAUCAUCACCUAUCAUAGAUCAAUUCCCAUGGUCCUCCUUCCUCAACAAAACAGGCCUCGAUCCGCUUCAAUAUCUCAAACCUCCAUCUGACGACACACCCGAGACACUCGCCUGCACCACGGAACCUGGUCCCGAUCGACUCGCCUGCCCAGUCGCCAUAGCCGCAUGGUCGAACCUCGCCGAUGCAGAACAGUACAUCUACAUCCCAUUUGACCAAUGCCUAUCCGCAACAGAAGGAACAUGCAGAACUGUUGCGUGCGCGCCCACAGGAAAUCUUACUAUCAAAAGCGAUGAACUAACAGGACGAAUGUGGAAUCCCGUAUCGACAAAGUGUGUGUUUGGUGGCGUUGGAGGAAUAUGGCAGAAUGAUGGGUCAACUUUGGUCAUUGAGAUGGGAUACGCAAGUCAAGAAUGAAUCAACAUGUAUUCGUACUUUACAAAAAAGUCUAGCUGGUAUUCGUAUCCAAUAUCCUUACAAAACCAAUAUGCCUUUCCCAAC